UAGUUUGUGGCGGUAAUGCGCCUUAAAGUUGGUUGCCAACCGCCAUAUAAAAUCCACAGAAGAAGAAGAAUCAUCAUCAUCCACAACAACGAAGAUGUCGGAUCAAUACGCCACUGUCCAGAGUGGCUCCUUGAAAUUGAAAGGGAUUGGAGUUGUUUCCGCAGAAAGAAGAAGAAGGACAAGGAGAAGAAGCAACGUUUGGAGCAGCAAAUUAAUACAAAUCGAAACGAAGAGGAGGAGACCAAGAGUGGAUACAUUGACAAAAGAACACCAGCUCAAAUCGCAUUUGACAAGAUGCAAGAGAAGAGGCAAAUGGAGAGGAUUUUGAACAAAGCAGAAAAAACUCACAAGCGGAGAGUUGAGGAUUUCAACCGUCACCUGGACAGCCUGACAGAACAUUACGAUAUUCCUAAAGUCAGCUGGACCAAAUGAAGAGGACUCCAGGAUCACUUUUAUUUUAGAAUAUGCUUUAGAAGUUCCCUUUAUGGCGGUUGUGAUCCAUGAUCUGAGCGCACUCUGACACUCCAGAGUGAAUUUACGAACACACCCUUUGUGUGAAUACAUUUUGGUUCCAUAUGCUGAAUUAUACUAGAUUACACAGGAAUGCUGUUGUAAUCAUGUGUAUUUUAUUAAAGUUAGUUACUUUU